UGGUGAAUACUUGUGUCUCUUACAUCGCGUGCUAUGCGCUUAUUUUAUGUGUUGGUACGGUCGAUACGCCGCAGUGCUGUGUAAAGCGCCGACCUAAACGCACGGGCAUAGCUUAACCUUAGUUUAGUUAACCAGAGUUCGUGCCAACUACUGUUGCGUCCGAAAUAUCGAGAAUACGCAGCCAAAAUGAGCUAUUUAGAGAAAGUCGACCGAUAUUUGGACUCCCUGAAAGUGGGAAAGAGUGCCUUGGUGGAUUCCUGGUUCAUGAUGUCGAGUCCGAUGCCAUUGUUCUCAGUCGUGGUGGCCUACCUGAUACUCAUACGUAUCGGCCCCAGAAUUAUGAAGAACAGGCAACCUCUUCAGAUGAACCGGCUGAUCGCCUACUACAACGCUUCCCAAGUGCUUCUAGCUAUUGUGAUUUGUUUUAAGGUUUUCAAGCUAAAUCUCUUCAGGGAUGGUAUUAUUUAUGCUGGUUGCCGCUAUCCGUCCAAUACGCAAAAUGUUAUGCUACUAGAUUUGGGUUGGUGGUAUUUCUUUGCGAAGUUUACUGAGCUGCUCGAUACAGUGUUCUUUGUUCUGCGGAAGAAAGAUAGUCAGGUGACCUUCCUCCACGUGUACCACCACGUGAUCAUGGCUCUCUACUCCUGGAGCUACCUGAAGUUUGCAGCCGGUGGUGAGGGGGCAGUCCUGGCUCUCCUCAACUCCAUCGUACAUGUCGUCAUGUAUUCCUAUUAUCUCCUGUCUGGAUUGGGACCUCGGUUCCAGAAGUAUUUGUGGUGGAAGAAGUAUGUUACUAAGCUGCAAUUGAUCCAGUUCAUCUUGAUGCUCACAUACUGCGCCUGGACGCACUUCUCCCCGCGCUGCCAGUACGCCUCCGGCUUCACGUACUUCAUCUGCACGAACAUCACCAUCUUCCUCUUUCUAUUCCUCAAUUUCUAUAGCAAGAGCUACAAAAAGAGAAACCUUGACAAGAAAAACGUUGAGAAAGAACUCAAGGAAGAAUACAACAAAAGUCACAGUAACGACAAGACGAAUGGAGUCUGCAAAAAUGGAGUCAAUAACAAAAAAGAGAACGGGGUGCAUGGGAAUGAUUGCAAGAGUGUUCCCAAUAUAGAGGAGAUACCUUGCGAAGUGAACAAGGCUUGUGGUGACUACGUAAAAGACGGCAAAUUCUUCCUCUCGAGGCGGACAGCAAAGGCAGCGUAUGGCGCCGAGUAUGACUUCGAUAGUAUAAUAAAGAAAUGAUUCGACAAGGUCAAAGACUACAGCUAGCGGUUCUAUUGAGACUGAUGUAUGUGAUGACAUUGGUAUUGUUAAAGCCUAAGAUUUAUGUGGAGUUUGGAAGUUAGAUAAGUACGCUUAAGUAUUCGCUUCACUAGGACUCUCUCAAAUUGAAGAAAGGACCAGGUUCGGUGCUAUCAUUUGUUAGAGCCGUUAAUUUUCAAGUGAGGUCUAAAAUUACAGCAUAUCGUAGUUCGUAUUGCAAAAUUAAUGAAUUUAAAAAUUAUCGUACCAGUGAGAAGACGCUUUAAAUUUACAAUAAAUUGCCAACCGCACAAUUGUUAAUGUAGAUUUUAAGGUUAAGCAUUUGCUGUAAAUAUAAUACGUGAAGUAUAAUCGUGCACUUAUUCGAUGCAGCCAGGUUUUGGUUUGGGAUUGAGACCUUUCAUACAUGGAGUUGGUGCGAGACGACAAAUAAUAACUUUGUAUAAUUAUGUACUUGUUAAGGACUGCACAGCUCUGAGCAAUGCAUGUUAUUGUGUGCACAGCACUUCAAAUUGAACAAUUUCUUGCCAAUCACUUUGUACCGAUAUUAUUAAGUGUCCUACACUUCCUCAGUUCGCAAUAAGCAGCCGUCCACUUGGAUCAUAAGAUUUCUUAAUGACUAUUAAAAUUGAAUUGUUUUGUACUUUAACAAUAAUUGUCUAAACUACGCUAGUUGGCUUCGGUUUUGUUAUUUGCUUUUUAAGUCGAGAUACGGUCCUUAAAUACAAAUAUAUUUGCUAAGACACCAUUAACCAAAAACGUAGUUAUUUGUAGACAAGUCAGUAUAGAAGCAUUUUGUAUUAGUGAAAUUUUGUUUGCAAAAAUUCCUAUCUACAGUCCUCAAAUAUUGGAAUACAUUUUUCUUCAAAUUGCUAGAAAUACGCCGCCUGAAUUUUCGCAGCUCUACGAUUACCUCUCCGAUCAGAACUAAGCAAGCAAAAUUAGCUUCUAGUAGCGCGGGACCACUCAACCUUAUUUACUAAAGGAUAGAAUUGAAAGUAGCGUAAUGUAUGAAAAGCCUCAGAAAUUAUCAAUUUAAGUAAAAAAUAAGUUUUAAUAAGUGUGGCAGGAUACGUUCCGUAUCCACGGUCAUGUAAUUUUGUUAUCUAAGUAACCUACUAUUAGUUAAUUUAAUGAUUUAGUCGUAGAUAACAAAAAAGGAUUCGAUUCACUUUAUCAAUUUUGGGAUUUCAAGUUAAACUGGAUUGGGCAGUUUCCCCAGUCAACUUUUCAAUACAAUUAAAUAUUCAAAAAUAAUCACACUUUCAUUCAUGGAUUUGGUUGAUCUACUUAAUUUUCUAACUUUUCUAUUAAUUAGUUUAGAACUAAGUCUGCUAUUUGACGUAAAAAUCUGAUGACGUCAUUACGCACUAUUUCAUAGAAAAUAUCGUUUAUGACGUUUUGAAAAAAGUAUAGAAUUUGACUUGUAGGAAACUAGCCUAUUCAGCGAUUGUUCUGGUUUCAAUAUUCAUUAAUUGCGUACACAAAGGUGUAAUAAUAGAAUUGCUUUUUUUUCAACACGUAUGCUUAUUUCUACGUUUUACCUAUUAGAAUAUAAUUAUUUUGUUUUACUUGUAUGUUGUCAAAUUUCCUUUAAAUGUGUAUUUUUGUGUGAAACUGUAUAAUACAAUAGCACUCAGAGGAGGUUCGAACUAAUUUCGCCUAUAUACCUAUGUAUAACUUAAACUCAAUAUCGAAACGUAAUGCCGCUUAGAAACUUAUUUCUUUAUAUUAUUUAAUCACACUAAUGUUAUCAAUGUGAAAUUUUGUUUGUUUGUAUGUUUGUCCGUCAAUUACGCUAAAACUACUGCUGAGCGGAUUUUGAUAAAAUUUGGUAUACUUGGGUGAUAGUAUACUUUUUAUUCCACGGGAACUCGGGCGAAGCUGAAACCAGUACAUUUUCGGUGGAUCCCACAUUAGGCAUGCGCGAUCCUCGGGCGUGUGAGUAGCGUGUACGCCGCGCGCGCUCGCUACAUCACGUCUCACGGCGGCAACGCGCAACGUUUACGCAACGAGUUUGCGACCCGUGCGAGUAACCCUCUCUUUUCACACGCCUGAGAAACGCGCGUUUAAUGUGGGGGAUUUAUACUACAAACUCGGAGUAAUGGCUAUCCAGAAUUUGUUUGUUUUGAUACUUUGAACUGCUGGUUGUUGAAUCAAUUGAAUUUCUUGAUUGUAUCGUGGAUUGGAUCUUCUUCCGUUACCUACGUCUAAAUAUUUUUUCAAUUAGUAUAGUUUUGAUUUUGUACUUUUAAUGCAAUUAACAAUAGUACAAAAUAAUGUUAAUUUUAAGAAACUAAUAAAGUUUAAAUAAUA